CCACUACCACAACAACAACAAAUGUUGCUACCUCAAGUGACAGUACAACAGUCUGCUCUGUUUCAAUUGCUGACAUAGCAAUUUUGAGAACAGAAGCCAAAGAUUUACCUUGUUUGUUUAACUUUUUUGCUGAAGAUUACCCAGGAAAUGCCCCCAUGGUCGAGAAUAAAGCCAAAGGUUUGGUUAAGUAUCUUUCAAAAUUAUCACCAUUACUUGAAAAAGUUGGUGAUUCUGUUUUUUAUGUUCCAAUAAAAAAAACUAAAAAAAAAGUUUUGUCUGAUAAUGAAAUAAAUUUUUGUAAUUCUGGGAUUCAAGUGUCAUUACCUGAAUAUUCUUGUGAUUUUGGAAUCCAAGUUUUGUUACCGAAUCCCGAAUAUGAAAAUAGUCUCUUAAAUUAUUCCCCAUCUCAAUGGCUUAUGAUGCAUAAUCCAGUUGUAGUAGAAUUUAUAAAAACUCUUACAUAUAAUGAAAAUGAAGACCAUUACGAAGGAGAAAAACUUUUUAAAUGUGCCGUAGCAAUAGAUAAUAUAUACGGAAUAAAAUAUUUAAAAUAUGUGUCUUCGAUUAAUUUAGCACUAUUGGCAAUAAAAUACUCUAUAGCAAAGUCCAAAACGAUAAUUGAUAUCGAUAGCUAUAUUAUAAAUACUGGUAGUUUUACCAAAUUUAUUAAUUGGCAAGAAACUUUAGCGGGUAAUUCGGAUCCAUUUCCAAAUGGGUUGGUAUUUAUAGCAUUUGAUAAUGAACAAAAAGGCCAAAAAAAUUAUUUAGAUCAUGGAUAUAAUAAAGUGAUCUUUCAUACGGUCACUAAAAAAAAUGAAGAAAUAAAUGUUAUUGAUGAUUUAAUAACUAAUCAAAGUGCUAAAACAAAAAAUCAAAAACAAUGUCAUGAUUGUGGUAAAAAAGACAUUGAAAACUCUAAGCGUAAAUGUCCUCAAUAUCAUGCAAAACUUCUUACACUCGCUGAAACUCAACAAGAAAAAGAGCAAACCAUAUCCGAUAAGAAAGAGAAAAACUCAAUUAAGCCAUUAACUUUUAGACCCUAUCAACCUAAAGAAAGUAAAUCGGGUAAAUCGAAUGAAUCUACAAGUUCAAUAAGUAUAACACAAAAUUUGGAACCUCAAGACG